CUGCUUGCUCUUCGUUUGAAAUCAACUGUUUUUUAAACCUACUGAAAAUUAUUACUUCAAAAGUUUCGACAUAAAAUACUUCAAUCAAGUAAUCUCUGAUUUAAGGAGACUGAUUAAUAACUGGUGGAAAUUAGUACUAAUUACACUUGCUACACUUGUCGUUUGUGGAUUCUCCAGAACUACUGGACACGUAUAAUAAUCAGUUUAAUCGUUUUUGGAAUUCUCCAGUGACAAAUUAGCAGACUUUCUGAACAGUAAUUCGUAGUUGGUGGUGUGUGGUGUAUCGGACGAGAAGGGGCAAUUCAGCCUCUUCUGAAGUCUGAAGGACGUUCUCGACCUCAAGAGCAGGGAGGCAAAUUUGGAGCCGUCGUGGAGUACCUAAAGGACGCACUGAAGUACAUAUCCGAAGCGAUCAUGCCACGAACACGUGGGAAACGAAAGAAACAUUCUUCAUCUUAUGACCGGAGUAGGAGCCGAUCACCAUCUAGGUCGCGUGGGGAGGACACUGCCGACUCUUCGAAAGGGAGGGGCAGAGACCGAGGCAAGAAACGGCGUCGUCGGGACUAUACCGAAUCGAUUUCGUCGUCGGACUCAAAAUCCAGGUCACAGUCCAAGGAUUGCUAUAUUGUAUCAAGUAAGUCUAGGUCUCGGACAAAGUCUCGUUCCAGAAGCAAGCGAAGAAAAUCAACCCCUCGUGACGACUCGUACCGAUAUCGAAAGAGGUCUUCCUCUAUCGACCCAGCUCAAGAUCGAUCGAAUGAUCAAGCAAGAUCUUUGCGCGAAGAUCUUAUCGUUCUUGCCGAUUGCCAACAAUUUUGUUGUGAAUCAGAGUCGAUUGGUUUCCGCAUUUACGUCAAGCUGUAUUUCAAGUCGACUGCAAGACGCAGACCUGACUACGAGUUUACUUUACUUUUAGUCAUAUACCUCUGUAGCUUUAUACAUAUGAGGUGUAAUAUUUUGUCACAGUAGUUUUUCCAUCUUUCUCAGUUCCUUCCAGUCAAUUUGAUUCAGAUUAUUAGCCAUCAAAUGAUCAUAAUACCAGAGUGCUUUAUUUAAUUCAGAAACCUUCCACUGUUACUUUUCCGGUUCGUUUCCAAAAAUAGAAUUUAUGCUGGUUUUCGAUAAUUAUCUGAUUAAAUUCUUGGUCAUUUUAAAUAGUACAAAAUAAAUAUAUCCAUUGACUUUGAUAUAUAUUAAUUUGC